AUGGUUGCUCUCUCUUCUGCUCCUGUGCUACUUGUUGCUGAAACCACAGUUUCCAACCCUCUGGAAAAACAAAGAUGUCCAAAAGGCUGGAGGACAAGCCAAGGAGAAGUAGAGGAGGGGAGGAAGCUGCUUUCUGCUCUGAAAAGCCCUCUGGACCGGCACCGUGACAUUACACACUUUCGACAGCUGCUGUGUCCAGACCCCCUCUGCGAAGUGUGUAAUACAACAACAGCUAAGGUUUAGGACCUGCUGGCAGGAUCCU